AAUUUUUGAACAAGGCUGUGAGCAGUUUGAACUGUCAAGUGCAGUCAAAUUCAAAUCAGGCCAGAAGAAAUGUUGUUUUUGUAGUUUCAUCUCAGCAUCCAUCACUUGUUUGUCACAAUUCAUUCAAUAUCGUGUAUUCCGAAAAUGGAUCAAACCAUAACUUUAGAUGUUCGAGAUAAAUGUCAAGAGUUGAGAGAGAUUCUGUCAUGUCUUGGUUGUGAGCCCUCAGGACCCUUUUAUAAAACUACUCAUAAACACCUCGCCCAGUUAUUAUUUAAAUCUUCUGAUGAGCUAGAAGCCAUAUUCCAUCUUUCAGAGAGUCAUGGCGCAACACUAAGAAAUAAAAUGGUUGACCAUUUAAAGCGAAGGUUGAGAGAGCAAAAGACUGACGCUGCUACAAUACAAUCAAUGUUAGAAAGGGUUCAGUUCGAAGGUUCAUUCAUUGGAUUUUCUGGGCUACAACAGAGACUUGCUGAGUUGCCAAAAGAAUGGACAGCUGUUCAGGUUACGUUAGAAUGGGACCCCUUGUCUCGUUUCCCUUGCAGAAAUGAAAAUGUAAAUCGUGGUCUUGGCAUGUAUGUGACCCGUUUUGCAUUCGGGAGUCUUUCAGAGAAAGUGAAUGAUGAGAAGCCUUUCACAACAUUUUUGCCACCUCUUGAUGAUGGUGAGGAUAGACUAACAUUUAUGGCAGCUAUUCGUAAUUGCCUGUCUAAAUUUGAGCAACGUUCAGACGACCGCCGAAGAAUUCAUGAAGAAUGCAGUCUGGGAAUUGAGGCAAUAGUUAAUGAAAUGCAAAUGUGGCUAGGAGGUUGGCUCUGCCUGUUCAUGGGAAGACUAGUAAGUGAAAAAUUGGAGCUAGCUGUGAAGACUGCUAUUGAUUCGUUUGUUUCAUCUUACAAAAUGAAAGACACUGGUGAUCAGGAUAUGACAGAAAAGGCUAGAAACAUUCUAUACUUAUUGGCAUCCUGUCCGUCACUUUCAUCUUCUGAAGUUAAAACAGUGGUCUCCUCUCUUUUCAAAGAUCAAAAGUUUGCAAGUUAUAUGAGCCAGAAUGUCUGCAAUGUGAUGUCCAAUUUUAGCACAGCUUUACAUCGAGCUGAGAGACACCCAGUUAUCCUUCUGGUUGAUGAAGAACUGGACAUUUUACCAUUUGAAGUUAUAUCACCCCUGCAGGAUCAAUCUUUUACACGAAUGCCUAGUAUCCAUUUACUUCACGCAUUGUACUAUUGCCACAAGGAAUCAGUCAUAAAGAAGGGAAUAAAUACAAAGAAUUGUUUUUAUGUCAUUAACCCUGCUAAAAAUCUUCCCAAUCUGGAGAAAUUAUUUGAAACAAUGUCAACUUGGCCUGUUGCUCAAAACUGGAAAGGAGUGUACAAUACUGCACCAACCUCAGAACAAUUUUUAAGUGGUUUACAAGACAAUGAUUUGUUUGUAUACUGUGGUCAUGGCGGUGGAAAUCAGUACUUGACCAAAAGUGUAGACACAGCCCGCAACAAGGCUGUAGUCUUCCUCUUUGGUUGCAGUUCUAGUAGCCUGAAUCACUUGGGAGGCCGGGUGGAAAUGACAUCUUUAUCCUACAAUUAUUUGAUUUCUGGCAGCCCAUGUGUGGUUGGCAUGCUGUGGCAAGUGCUGGAUGUCGAUAUUAACUCAAUGACUAAGGAGCUCUUGAGGUCAUGGUGCAGUGGUGGAAGAAGUUAUGAUAGUACUGAUGGUUCAGAUAGAGAUUUUAAAAGUUUGGAUAGCAACAGAAUUAAAAGUGGCCAAAAAGUUCCAUACAAUCUUGACAGUUUAGAGAAUGACUUCAAAAAUGUGAAUAUAAAUUCUACUCAAAUAAUAGGUGGAAAAUCUUCUCCAGACUUGUGCAAAGCGGUUUGUCUGUCUAGAAAACUUGCCUUGCGCUUUCUUAACAAAGCUGCUCUUGUCAUCCGUGGUCUUCCUGUUAAUGCCAUGUGAUAGUGAUUGUGCUACUAUUUCUCUAUGUGAUAUGAUAAUUCUUAUUACUUUAUGUUUAUUGCAUGUUUCUUGGAUUGGGUAAGGAACAAAGUACAAAAUAAAACCUGUAUUACAAACAUA